UUGGCCCAAGGUAUUAAUGAUUUCACACCUCUGAACUACAAAAGACGGCUUGGUUUCGAUUCAAGACGACCUUGGCACAUGCACCCCUAUGAAUGCCCGUGGAUCACAAGGCGCACUUCAAAAGGCAGAGAGAUGACUGAGACCAUCAAAAGGAAACAAUUCUGUAUAAAUGAUCCUAAUGGGACCACAGAGUCCUCAGCAUCAUCAUUCUCUCCAGCAGAGCGUAGGAGUAGGACCUCUUGGCCUGAUUUUCUAACUAGAGGAAUACACUUGAACUGGAAUUAUGGAACGCUUCGUCCUGGGAACGUGUGUCAUCCUGGCGCUACUCCUGAACUGGAUUGGUGGAGUUACAGCGGAUUCAUCUGGCUUGUUCCACAAACGGAUGCGGGGGUCUCACGAAGGCAGCAGUGGUCACUUGAGUUCCACCCACCAGCAGAGCAGAUACCCUCUCUACAUGAUGCACCUCUACCGGACUCUACUGACUGGAGAAGCCUACCAGUCGGCUGCUGACCUCACUCGAAGGGGCAUUCACAGUGACAACCCGAGCCUUCACGACUCCGACUCAGUUCUGAGUCUGGUUGCCAAAAGUUGCAGUCAAACUGGAACGAGGUGGAGUAUCACUUUUGAUAUUUCUUCUAUCUCAACGAGCGACCCUGUGCAACGAUCUGAGCUGCGCAUUCGGCUGCCUACAUUCUCAAAGUCCAAGAGCGCAAUAGUGGACAUCUACCACGCCCGCGGCAGCUGUGAUAAGGCACCGUGCCCGGGCCGCCUUCACCUGGCAAGUUUCAGAGCCACACCUGGCGACGGAGCCUCUCACUCUUCCUGGAGAGUGUUCAACAUCACCGCCAUGCUCAGGUACUGGCUGCAUCAGGGAGAGCCAGUGGAGAGCAUGGAGGAGAGGGGAGAGAUGGUGCAAGGUGAUGAUCAGGAGAGCGUGCAUCACUCCACGACUGACAGAGUCAUGAUGGUGGUCUUCUCUCAACACAAGCAGAUGGCUGGUCAAUGGGCGCCAACACUGAUCCACACAGCUGAGCGGUCCAAGUACGCUGCUUUGGAUCGGGCCGGAACGAACAACCCCGGACAUGCUGCAGGGCGCCGUCGCAAGAGGAACCACCAGACACGGGACAUGGUGCGUGAAGCAGCAGGGGUGGCGAGGGCGCCUGGAAUCUUCUCCUCGGGGGGUCAGCAGAAGACACUGUGUAGAAAGGUGGACAUGUGGGUGGACUUCGAGCAGAUCGGCUGGAGCGACUGGAUUGUACAUCCAAAGCGCUACAACGCAUUCCGCUGCGAGGGAAGCUGUCCCAGCCCUCUGGAUGAAAGCUUCUCGCCUACCAACCACGCUUACAUGCAGAGUAUGCUGAGGCUGCACCACCCUGACCGGGUGGCCUGUCCAUCCUGUGUGCCCACUCGACUCAGCCCACUUUCCAUGCUGUACUACGACAACGGAGAGAUGGCCAUGAAUAACCACGAGGACAUGGUGGUGGAGGAGUGUGGAUGCCUCUGACUUCUCUCGUCGUUCACGGACGACACAGUAGUACUUAAAAAAAAUGCCACUAUCCGUCUCUACAGAAUGGUGGAACUACGUCUGCACUUUGGUAGUUAUGGGGUCAUCUAUAGUCUCAGGAACUAGUCACCCUAUUGACCAUCUACAAAAAGCAGACUCAUUUGUUUUGCCAAAUGCCAUAACGUUCUUAGUGGCAUCUGGCAGCCUAACUGAAUUGCUAAAAUAAGCACUGAUCCCUCUCACCAGCCUACAGGAAAAGGGGAGUGUCUACCAAGAAAGGACACAUAUAGCGCUUUAUUUCGGCUGCGUGACUCUGGUGUCAACACAGUGGUAUUUCAUGUUUUUCGACCUCGAACCGGACAUUAGAAGGAGAAUGUACUAAGUGGUGAACUGGACAAUUCUGGAAUUAUUGAAGUUGGAGGAGAGAUGACACAACUAACCCCAAUGCCUUUUAAACAGAUUUCCUUCCUGUGUGUGAAAACGUGUAAUUAUGUAAAUAAAUGUAAUGACAAAGCUAAUAAACGUUCUUAUUAUAUACAUUUA